AUGGCGUCGCAAUCUCCCCUCUAUAUUGGGUUCGACCUGUCGACUCAGCAGUUGAAGGGGCUGGUCGUCAACUCUGACCUGAAGGUUGUCUACCUCGCCAAAUUCGACUUCGAUGCCGACUCAACCGGGUUCGACAUCAAGAAGGGCGUCUUGACUAACGAGGCCGAGCAUGAAGUAUACGCUCCGGUCGCGCUGUGGCUGCAGGCCCUGGACACCGUAUUGAGCAGCCUGCGUCAGCAAGGUCUGGACUUCAGCCGUGUCAAGGGUAUUAGCGGUGCAGGACAGCAACACGGAAGCGUCUACUGGGGCCACGAGGCCGAGACUUUGCUGCAGAACCUCGACUCUGCCAAGUCGUUGGAGGAGCAGCUGGAGACGGCAUUCUCACACCCGUACAGUCCCAAUUGGCAAGACGCGAGCACUCAGAAGGAAUGUGACGAGUUUGACAAGGUUCUUGGCGGCCAGGAAGAGCUCGCUCAAGCCACAGGAAGCAAGGCGCACCACAGAUUCACAGGCCCCCAAAUCCUCCGAUUCCAAAGAAAGUACCCCGAGGUGUAUCAGAAGACAGCGAGGAUCUCUCUGGUGUCCUCAUUCAUCGCCUCAGUUUUCUUGGGCCGUGUCGCUCCUUUCGAUAUUUCGGACGUGUGCGGUAUGAACUUGUGGAAUAUUAAGAAGGGUGCCUAUGAUGUUGAGGCUCUCAAGCUCUGCGCCGGCAAGUUCGGCGUCGAGGACUUGAAGAAGAAGCUGGGCGAGGUGCCCGAAGAUGGCGGACUACACCUGGGCCCGGUUCACCCAUACUACAUGAAGCGCUAUGGCUUCAGUCCGGACUGCACGGUCAUCCCGGCCACUGGUGACAACCCGGCGACCAUUCUUGCAUUGCCACUGCUGCCAUCAGAUGCCAUGGUGUCUCUGGGCACCUCCACGACCUUCCUCAUGUCUACCCCCAGCUACAAACCCGACCCCGCGACACACUUUUUCAACCACCCGACCACUGCCGGAUUGUAUAUGUUCAUGCUCUGCUAUAAAAACGGCGGCCUGGCACGAGAGCACGUCCGAGAUGCGAUAAACGAGAGUCUCAAGGAUACUCCUUCGCAGCCCUGGGCCAACUUUGACAAGAUUGCCCUGCAGACUCCCCCAAUGGGCCAGCGGACUGCGACAGACCCUAUGAAGCUGGGCCUCUUCUUCCCACGACCGGAGAUCGUGCCAAACCUGCACUCGGGACAGUGGCGUUUCACAUACGACCCGACCACCGGACAGCUGCAGGAGACUACAGAGGGCUGGGCCACACCCCAAGAUGAGGCCCGCGCGAUCAUCGAGAGCCAGAUGCUUUCCCUGCGCCUCCGUUCUCGUGGCCUGACGCAGAGCCCUGGAAACGGGCUUCCUGCCCAGCCCCGACGAGUCUACCUCGUGGGAGGCGGGUCCAAGAACGAGGCGAUCGCCAAGGUAGCUGGAGAGAUCCUCGGCGGCGUCGAGGGUGUGUACAAGCUCGACAUUGGUGACAAUGCCUGUGCCCUUGGAGCAGCAUACAAAGCCGUGUGGGGAAUGGAGCGACAGGCUGGUCAGACCUUUGAGGACCUGAUCGGGCAGCGAUGGCAGGAAGAAGAGUUCAUUGAGAAAAUCGCGGAUGGGUACCAGAAAGGGGUAUUUGAGCAGUACGGCAAAGCAGUUGAGGGCUUCGAGAAGAUGGAGCAGCAGGUAUUGCAGCAAGAGGGCAAGAAAUAA